AUGCCUUCCUCUCGCGUUUUGCCAUCUCGCGGUUGGCUCUUGUUCCAGGCUGUGGUAUGGCGCUUCUUAAUGAAGAUAGGAAUGUUCCUGCAUGACAUUACACCUCCUCGAGUUCCCCGGCCUCGGUUUAAGCGCACCGUCCUGACCGAUUCCCAUGGUCACUCAGUUGUGAUCCACUUCUACUGUCCAUCCGACUACGAGCAGAAACUCCGCCUUGGCCAUCGUUAUCCGGUAGCUGUGAAUUUCCACGGCGGAGGGUUUACAAUUGGCGGAGCGACCGACGAUUCUCGGUGGGCAGCAGCCGUGGUAAAGGAAGUCGACGCUGUCGUUGCCAGCGUGAGCUACCGGCGGGCACCAGAGCACCCGUUCCCUACAGCCUGCGACGACGGAGUGGAAGCGAUAUUGUAUCUUGCGGCCAAUGCCAUUGAACUAGGCCUGGAUGUUAGCCGGGUCGCGCUGAGCGGGUUCUCAGCGGGUGGUAAUCUAGUCGUGACGGUGCCUCUGCGUUUACGAGACCGCAUCAACUCAGAAAUUAAAGAACACUUUGGUCCUGCAGAAUCAGCUGUGCAGCUGUUGGACCAGACUGCUAAUCUCAAUAUUGUGGCAUUGUUCGCCUGGUACCCGAUUCUAGAUUUCCUCGAAUCGCGCGAUCAUCGCCGAGCGAUGAGUCUCAUGCCCAAUAAAACCCUUCCGUCAUUCUUCACCACCUUGUUUGACGAAUCAUAUCUGCCCGAUAUCGACGACCGCCACUCUCCCUUUGCAUCACCAGUGCGUGCCUCCGAUCGUAUUUUGGCUGAAGGAAUACCCAAGGAUGUUUUUCUUUUCAUUUGCGAAUGGGACAUGCUGGUGAACGAGGGUCAGCUGUUUGUCCGUCGCUUAGAGGCCCUGGGCAAGCGUGUGCGCUCCAUGAUGAUUGAAAAGGCCAAGCAUGCAUGGGAUAAGUCGCCUAACCCCUUCCGGGACCAGGAAAGUGUAGAUGUUCUCUACCGCGAGGCCUGUGCUAACAUGAAGGCCAUUUUUGACCAGUGA